AUGGCCGAUAAGGUGGAUGCCACUGUGUCCCACAGUGACAACCCGGGCGAAGCCCAGAUCAAGGGUGUCAACAAUGCCGCGUUGGCAGUAGCCACUAUCCAGCAGAAGCCCAAGCUGCUGAGCAAGAGUAUGCUCAAGCUGUACUGGUGUAUCGCAGUAGCCAUGCUCAACUCCUGUAUCAACGGAUACGACGGCUCCCUCAUGGGUUCCAUCAACAGCUACGAACAAUACAGAUCAUACUUCGGGUUCGAUCCAGAUGAGGGUACACCAUCUACCGGAAUCGUCUACGCUAUCUACACCAUCGGAAACAUCGUGGGCUCAUUCACGGCUGGUCCCUUCACGGAUUUCAAAGGUCGUCGCGUCGGUAUGGCCCUCGGCUCCAUCUUCAUCAUCGUCGGAACAAUCGUCCAGGCCACAUGCCACAACCUGGGCGGCUUCAUGGCGGGCCGAUUCAUCCUCGGUUUCGGCGUAGCAACCUCCGCCACCGCCGGUCCAGCAUACGUCUCUGAGAUGGCCCAUCCCGCUUAUCGAGGUGCAAUGACCGGUCUCUACAAUGUGUUGUGGUUUGGAGGCGGUAUUCCGGGAACCUUCAUCCCGUGGAGGACAAGCGAUAUUGAGGGAACAAUGAGCUGGCGGAUUCCGAUUUGGCUGCAGAUGAUCUUCUCGGGGUUGGUGCUUUUGUUCUGUUUUACUGUUCCAGAGUCCCCCCGUUGGCUCAUCUCCCAAGACAAGCAUGAAGCCGCGCUCAAGGUCCUGGCCGAAUACCACGGAGAAGGCGAUCGUAACGCGCCCAUUGUGCAACUCGAGUACCGGGAGAUGGUGGAGGAUAUUUCCCAGACCGGUUCUGAUAAGCGCUGGUGGGACUACCGGGAGCUGUUCAACAGUCGCGAGACACGGUAUCGAUCCAUGCUUGUCAUCUUCAUGGCUUUCUUCGGCCAGUGGUCCGGCAACGGCCCCGUCUCCUACUACUACCCCCAGAUGCUCCGCGGCGCAGGUAUCGAAAACAACAACACCCGACUCCUCCUGCAGGGACUCCAAAACGUGGUGCAGUUCAUCGGCGCCGUGUUCGGCGCACUCAUCACCGAUCGUGUCGGUCGUCGUCCCCAACUCCUCGUCUCAACCGGUCUCAUCGUCAUCCUCUUCGCCAUCGUCCUGGCACUGAACGCAACCAACGUCGUCGACGGUCCAGACGGUGAACCCAUCGCCAAGAGCGGAGUCACAGCCCGGGCCCAAAUCGCCAUGAUCUUCAUCUUUGGAUUCGUCUACUCGGCCGGUUGGACGCCGAAUCAGGCCAUGUACCCGGUGGAAUGUCUUCGAUAUGAAAGUCGGGCUAAGGGAAUGGGCAUGAACAACUUCUUUGUCAACAUCGCCUCCUUCUACAACACCUUCGUCACUGGAAUCGCCUUCACCGGCGCCGGCUGGAAAUACUACUUCCUAUUCAUCUUCUGGGACACGUUCGAGUUCAUCAUCAUCUAUUUCCUGUUUGUGGAGACCAGCAAGCGCACAUUGGAAGAAUUGACGGCGAUCUUCCAAGCCAAGAGCCCGGUCAAGGCAUCAUUGAAAAAGGAUGAAGUAUUUGUUGCGAGUGAUGGGGCGGCUGCUAUUCAGAAGGAGGUUUAA